AUGGAAAGCCACCAAAUCCUGUCUAAACCACUCAAAGCCCUUGUGCAUCAGUUGUCUGUUAUUCAUAUCUCAACUAAGUUUGCUGAAGCAUUUAAAGAUCCUAAGUCUACUCCCAUUACACUUGUGAAUUUAGAGGAUAAAUCUAUUGGAUACCAAUUACCUUUCAGGCAGAAUCGUGGAAAGCCACCAAAUCGUUAUUCACCUGAUAUUGGCAAGACAUCAAAGUAUCUAGUUGCGAAUCAUGUAUCCACUGAGAAGCUGUCUAAACCACUCAAAGCCUUUGUGCAUCAGUUGUCUGCUAUUCAUAUCUCACCCAAGUUUGCUGAAGCAUUUAAAGAUCCUAAGUGGGUUCAAGAUAUAAAGAAAGAAACGAAAGCUAUUGAGAAGAAUCAAACUUGGACACUGGAAACUUUACCACAAGGAAAAAAGACUACUUAUGAUGUAGAUUAUGAAGAAACCUUUGCACCAGUUGUAAAAUUGAACACAGUCAGAGUCUUAUUGUCCCUCGCAACUAACUUGGACUGCCCACUACACCAAUUUGGUGUAAAGAAUGUUUUCCUACAUGGAGAACUCAUAGAGGAGUUACCACGUGCAUGGUUUAGGCGAUUCACCAUGGCAAUGAAGAACAAUGGUUUCAUACAGAGUAACUCAAAUCAUACUAUGUUCUUGAAACAUCGUAAAGGGAAGCUACAAGACUAUUUGGCUACUGAAUUUGAGAUGAAGAAUCUAGACACACGAAUGCUAGAUUGCAAACCUGUAGACACUCCUAUUGUUCAGAAUCAUCAUCUUGAAGAAUGCCCGGAGGAAGUUCCAACUAACAAAGAAAGAUACCAAAGGUUAGUGGGAAGAUUGAUCUACUUGUCUCAUACUCGGCCAAAUAUUGCUUAUGUAAUGAGUGUCAUCAGUCAAUUUAUGCAUUCUCCGAGUAAAGACCACAUGAAUGCAUUUAUUCAGAUACUUAGAUAUUUAAAAUCUGCACCUGGAAAAGGACUUAUGUUCUCAAAACAUGGUCAUAUGAAUAUUGAUGGUUACACAUAUGCAGAUUGGGCAGGAAGUAUAACAGAUAGGAAAUCCACAUAUGGUUACUUCACAUUCGUGAGAGGUAAUUUAGUUACAUGGAGGAGCAAGAAACAGAAGGUGGUUGCCUUAUCGAGUGUAGAAGCCGAAUUUAGAGGUAUGACCAAAGGAAUUUGA